AGACCCCACCUCCUGGGACUCCCUCUAAAGCUCCCGUCACGAGCUCUGCUACCCCAGCCGAGCGCUGAGUCCGGAGGCACCUGGGGGAGGGGAGUCCGGGGCUGAGCCGGCUGGGGAAGACGCCUGGGGCACUGCCCCGCGCUAACAAAGGGAACAGGCUACCGGCCGGCGUCAGCGCAGAGCGGGCGGAGCACCGGCAGCCUUCUCCCCUGAGAGCGCAGCGAGCAGGGGUAGAGCCAGUUGUGCAGAGCUCUGCAGCAAGCAGCCCAGAAGGAAGCAGUGGGUGCCAUGGAACCCAGCUGAAAUGAACUACCCCUUUGAGUCUGUCCCAAGCCCUGGUGCCAGGUUUCCAUCUCAGCACUGAGAUGUUUUUUGAUCAUCCUGAGAAAAAUGAUUCUUGGCCUCCAGACCUAAUAAAGCAAAUCUUCUUCCCAUGGAGAACAGUGCUAGCUCCUGAGGACCUGGAGGGCCUACAACUCCUACAACCCCAGGGAGAUUAGCCAGAAGCAGGUUUGUUUUCCAGCUCAGAACGGAGUGGCUUCCCUGAACACAUCUUUCAUUAUGAUUUACACCAACCUGAAGAAAAAAUUCAGCUUCUGUAUUGUGGCCUUUCUCCUGUUUGCAGUCAUCUGUGUGUGGAAGGAAAGGAAGAAAGGGAGUUACUAUGAUUCUCUUAAAUUGCAAGCCAAGGAAUUUCAGGUGUGGAAGAGCCUGGAGAAACUGACCAUGAGGUCUGGUUCCAAGUCUGUGUCCUCAGGCAGCACCCAGGACCCACACAGGGGCAGCCAGACCGUUAGCAGUCCCAGGGGCCCAGCCCAGGCCAAACCACAGGUCUUCCAGGUGUGGGACAAGGACAGCUCAUCAAAAAACCUUAUACCUAGACUGCGAAAGAUCUGGAAGAAUUAUCUGAACAUGAACAAGUACAAAGUAUCCUACAAAGGGCCGGGGCCAGGUGUCAAGUAUAGUGCAGACGCCCUGCGCUGCUACCUUCGGAACCGUGUGAAAGUAGCCAUGGUGGAGGCCACAGAUUUUCCCUUCAACACCUCUGACUGGAAGGGCUACCUGCCCAAGGAGAAUAUCAGGACCAACGCGGGGCCAUGGCACAAAUGUGCUGUUGUCUCGUCAGCAGGAUCUUUGAAGUCCUCCCAACUGGGCCAAGAAAUAGAUGAUCAUGAUGCAGUCUUGAGAUUUAAUGGAGCACCCACGGCCAACUUCGAGCAAGAUGUGGGCACAAAAACCACCAUUCGCCUGAUGAACUCUCAGUUGGUGACCACAGAAAAGCACUUCCUCCAAGAUGAUUUAUACAAUGAAGGAAUCCUAAUUGUGUGGGACCCAUCUGUAUAUCAUUCAGAUAUCCCAAAGUGGUACCAGAAGCCUGACUACAAUUUCUUUAACAAGUACAAGAGUUAUCGUGAGCUGUAUCCCAGUCAGCCUUUCUACAUCCUCAGGCCCCAGGUGCCGUGGGAACUGUGGGAUAUCCUUCAAGAAAUCUCCCCGGAAGAGAUUCAGCCAAACCCCCCAUCUUCUGGGAUGCUUGGUAUCCUCAUCAUGUUGACGCUGUGUGACCAGGUGGAUGUUUAUGAGUUCCUCCCAUCCAAGCGGAAGACUGAUGUGUGCUACUACUACCAGAAGUUCUACGAUAGUGCCUGCACAAUGGGUGCCUACCACCCACUCCUCUAUGAGAAAAAUAUGGUAAAGCACCUCAAUGUGGGCACAGAUAAGGACAUUUACCUGCUUGGAAAAGCCACACUGCCUGGCUUUCGGAACAUUCACUGCUGAGCAUGACUCCUGGCCCGUCCCUCUCAUUCUUCUCCAUCAGGCAUUUUAUAAUUGGUCCCCUGGCCACCUGAGCCUGGGAAGACCAUUUUCCUGAACAAUCUCAGGAUGCUUUUUGUUCUGUGUUAGCAAGAGCUCUGGGGCUUCCAGAACCUGGGGGCCAGAAACCAGCCCCAGAGCAUGAGCACGCCUCCUGUUGUCACGUGAACACACAUACCUUAAAUUCUCUCUGGCCAGUACCCUCCCCUCUUUCCACAUAGGUAGAUACAAGAUCCACCUUUCCCAUCAGUGCUGCCAAAGCUGGCUUUGUUUUUUCCCAACUGAAUGAUAUUCUCACAAAUUAGCAUUCUGUGUUGCUUGAAAUCUCUACCUAAGUUUUGAUUUCAUGUUUUAAAGAAACUCUCUCAACGUAUGAUUGUGCUGGGAACAUGGUGGCUCUGUUGGGGAAAAUAAUUGGCAUGGGGCAUUGGAAGGAUGCUUAAUCCCUCUCGAGAGCAGAGCUGCUCCCAAGGCCCUGCCCUGGGGACAUGGUCUUGUCAUCACUGUGGCUGCUUGGGCUGGCCCUCAACCUGCAUGCUUAUGAGCAAAGGGUCUUUAGCCCACUUUCCCUCCCCAUGUGGAAGAGAAAGAUACAGAAAGGUACAGUCUCAGGUUGUUCCCAGUUCCGUGGGAAAGACAGACAUCUGACAGGCAGCCAGUGUGAUCAGGGUAAUGCGGCUGGCAGGGAGAUGGACCUGCUCUCUCUGUGCCCAGGACCCAUACUCUACUGUGGGUCCUAGAAGGCUUAAUAGAACUGGGCAUUGGAGCAUAUCUCAGGAAGAGAAGAAGCAAAUUUAGUCAAGCCAUCUGAGUUGCUUUUUCCUUUAUCAGCCAUAUUUUAUUCUCUAAGAUCUGCCUGAAUAUAGAGGCUCAAGAUAUUUCUUGAGGAAGACCCCUACCCAUGCCUGAGACAGCAAGUGCAGCCCCACCAGGCCAUCCAGAUCCCCAGAUUCUUGCAGGCUGGGCCUGUCCUGAUCCUCUCCUACCAACCAGGUUGUGCAUUGUAUUUUAACUCUUCCUUUUUAAUGCCUGUCCCCAAACUCCUCCUAACUCUUUUCUCCUCCAUCUAGUCUUCCUCUCCCAAAUUACUUUUAAUUAUUUUCUGCUUUCAAAGUAUCCUGAUCCCCAUUUCUUUGACCUCAUGGACCCUCUGCAGAAGGUCUCUCAGGGAGUGGGGUGUGGUUUUCUAGGACUUUUGUGGCUCCCAGAGGUCAUAACCAUGAUGAUAACUGACCUUUCACAAGGAGCGGGGUGUGUGAUGUCAGACCAUCAUGCCCUCCACCCACUCCCUUCAAGGGAGCAACAUUUAAAUGUCUGGGCGGAGGCCACCUACGUGUGGUCUGCAGACUUGCUCUUGGCUCCAUUUAAGAUCUGGUUGGGCAUGCUUAUUGUAACAUUGUGUCAUGACCAUGGAGUGCUGAGGAACGGGGCAUUCUGUGGGUCUGAGAUAUGUGUUGUAUGGGAGACUGAGACAACACUGGGUAGAAUCUAGUUUUUAAUUGUUAUUAUUAAUAUAAGGGAUUAAGUUAAUUUAAGAAUGAGUCUUCAGAGAACUUUGAGUUUUGUGCUCUGUAAAAGUAGACACUUGAUGGAAUGCAAAUGAGAUUCAGGGAUUAUUGCUGGUCCAAUGAGGUGUUUAAUAAUUGUGGCACAUAAUUUAAAAAUCAUGACUGAAUGCUGCACAGAAGCCUUUGUGUAUAUGGGUGCUGUCUUCAGUAGCCACCUAUUUGUCCUAUGUCACGAUGUCCUCUCUAAUCUUCUCACCAAUCAAAUAAGUGAUUGCUAUGGGUUUGGAGUUGAAAUGUGAGUUUCAGAAAUUUAUGCAACAUGCCUAAGCUAAUCCUGAAUCAUCCAAAGAUUAUGUAAAAUUUUAAAAUAAAGGUGUUUUUAAAAAAACAAACAAAA